AAUUCAAUUCUUCAAUAUAUAGACAGCACAUGAAAGACCACCUCUCAGGACAUUACAAUGCUACUCAUACUCUUACCCAUCUUCCUCAUCUUGUUUCUGCAAACUAUCAAAUGGUAUUCCAACUCCACAAAACGCAAAACCUCACCCCCUUCUCCUCCAAAGCUCCCAGUAAUAGGAAACCUCCACCAACUCGGCCUAUUCCCUCACCGCACACUCCAAUCUUUAGCAAGAAAGCAUGGCCCUGUGAUGCUGCUCCACCUAGGAAGCGUGCCGGUUCUCGUGAUCUCAUCCGCGGAAGCCGCGUGCGAGAUAAUGAAAACGCACGACCGCGUCUUCGCGAACAGACCACACGGGAAGUUGUACGACAUACUCUUGUAUGAUUCCAAAGAUGUUUCCACAGCUCCUUAUGGAGAAUACUGGAGGCAGAUAAGGAGCAUCUCCGUCUUGCACCUUCUCAGUGUGAAGAGGGUUCGAUCUCUUCGCUGUGUGAGAGAAGAGGAGAUCAUGUUGAUGAUGGAGAAAAUAAGAAACUCUUGCUCCUCGGCCUCACCGGUGAAUUUAAGUGGACUAAUCGCUAGGACGAUCAAUGAUAUAGUUUGCAGGGUGGCGUUGGGAAGAAAGUAUGGUGGAGAAAGUGGGAAGGGGUUCAAGAAGUUGCUGGAGGAGUUCACUGAGCUGCUUGGUUCGUUUAUUGUUGGGGAUUAUGUGCCUUGGCUUGGCUGGUUGACAUGGAUUUCUGGUGUAUAUGCAAAAGCAAACAGAGUGGCGAAAGAGUUUGAUGAUCUUUUGGAGGAAGUGGUUGAAGAACACAUCAAUCGGGAGAAAGGAGCCAGCAAUAAGAAGGAUGUUCGUUCAGAUAGUGAAGGCCAAAGUGAUUUUGUUGACGUUUUGCUUUGGAUCCAAAGGACAAACGCUCUUGGAUUUUCUAUUGACAGAACUGUCAUCAAGGCUUUGAUAUUGGAUAUGUUUUCUGCAGGUACAGACACUAUAUCUACCUUGUUGGAGUGGGAAAUGACAGAACUCUUAAGGCAUCCACUUGUCAUGAAGAAACUGAAAGAUGAGGGGAAGAAUGUAGCCGGUGAUAGAGUGCACAUAACUGAAGAGGAUUUGGAUCAAAUGCCAUACUUAAUGGCGGUGGUUAAGGAAACAUUGCGCUUACACCCGCCAAUUCCAUUACUUGUUCCGCGAGAAAGCAGCCAGGACAUUCAGCUGAAGGGCUACCAGGUAAAAGCGGGCACGCGAGUAUUCAUCAAUGCUUGGGCCAUUGCAAGGGAUCCUGCAUACUGGGAAGAACCUGAAGAGUUCAAACCUGAGAGGUUCUUGAACAGCUCAGUGGAUGUCAAAGGGAAUGAUUUCCACUUGAUUCCUUUUGGAGCAGGGAGGAGGGGUUGUCCAGGGAUAGCAUAUGCUAUGGUUGCUAAUGAGAUUGUGCUAGCUAACCUUAUUCACCAAUUUGAUUGGGAAAUACCAAGUGGAUUUGCAGGGGAGAAAACAUUGGACUUGUCUGAAACAGUUGGGUUAACUAUGCAUAGAAAGAGUCCCCUAAUGGCAGUUGCAACCACAAAAAAGAAGUAAAAUGAGUAAGGGAAAUGAUGAUGAUACAUAGACAUAUAAUUUCUCAUUGACAUCCUUCAAACAUAUCACUUUGCGAUAGUUUUUAACCCCUAACAUUAUAUGGGAUUAUAAACCUCCACAAAGUAAUAUUUGAAGAGUGUUACAAAAAAAAUGUAUGUUUAUCAAUUAUUUUCGUAAAAAAAUAAUAUUUGAAUGCCCCAUUUCAAAGUAGAUAAAUCAACUAUAUGCAACACAUGUAUGAUGACAUGCCAUACAGUUCUACAUAUAUGGAGUGUUUAGUGAGUCUACAUUGAUCUAAAGACUAAAAUCAUUUGGUGUCUCA